AUGAAGUUGUUCCUUGCUGUGAUGGCCUGCCUGGCCCUGACCCAGGCGGCUCAGCUACCGUUCCAGCGCCCUGUUACCGUCCGUGACGCUCAGGAUCUUGCCGCCCGGAGCCAUGUCCGCAUUGUCAACGGUUUCCCGGCCUCCCCAGGUCAGUUCCCGUACCAGGUAAUGCUGAGAGGUUUCACUGCCACCGGUGCUCUAGCUUGCGGUGGUUCUUUGAUCUCGAACGAGUGGGUCCUGACGGCUGCUCACUGUAUUACUGGCGUUCAACGGUUCGAAAUUGUCAUGGGAACCAUUGUGUCAGCUUCACCCGAAGUGCUGGGACACUCCACCAACUUUAUCAUCCAUCCAUCGUACAACCCCAGUAACCUCAACAACGAUAUCGGUCUGAUCCGUCUCGAUACACCGGUAGGCUUCUCACAGAACAUCCAACCGAUAAACCUACCAAGUGCCGACCGUACCGGAGAAACGUUCUUGGAUAACAUUGCCACUGUAUCCGGAUUCGGACGCACCAGUGACACCGGCCCUGUUUCGCCGACUAAAAACUGGGUAAACAUCCGUGUCAUCUCGAACGCAGCCUGUGCUGCCGUUUACGGAUCAUCGGUUGUCGUUGCGUCCACCAUCUGCGGAACCGGAGCUGAUGCCGCUAACCAGAGUACCUGCCAGGGCGACUCUGGCGGCCCACUUGCCAUUCAGGAGGGUGGCGCCAGCCUCCAAAUCGGUGUAGUUUCGUUCGUUUCAUCGGCCGGAUGCACCUCCGGACACCCGUCGGGUUACGUACGAACCACUCACUUCCGCUCUUGGAUCAAUUCGCAGACCGGAAUCUAA